CCACACCCCGUUUUACUUCUGAUUCUGUAAACGAAAAAAAGUUGACUUUUGCUUACAUGGAACAUUCUCUCAUCUUUUCUUGCUUCUUCUACCUCUUCAUUUUUGCUUCUGCCUCUUCUUCUUCUUCAUCGAGCUCCGACCAGACUGCACUUUUAUCUUUCAAGAAUUCCUUAUCAGAAUCAUCACAAACCCUAUCUUCCUGGGUUAACUCGAGCCACCCUUGUUUAGACUCAUGGUAUGGUGUCACUUGCAAUCCGUCAACCCAACGAGUUACCAGGCUCGUUCUUGAAAAUCUUAACCUCUCCGGCUCUGUUCAUACACUGAGUGAACUCACUCAACUCAGACUUCUUAGUCUUAAGCACAACAAACUCGUCACUAAUUCUUUCACUAGCUUAAAUUUAUCUGCAUGGCCUAAUAUUAAGCAUCUUUACCUCUCUUAUAAUCGUCUCUCAGGUGGUUUUCCGUCUGGUAUUUCUUCUCUCAAGCGUCUCCACCGGAUUGACCUCUCGUAUAAUGAAUUCUCCGGUCACAUUCCGUUGAGUGAAGUUGCUUCUUUGCCACGGUUGUUGACACUUAAGCUAGAAGGUAACGCUUUUGAUGGGAGUAUUGACUCUGGUGAUUUGUCAUCGUUUUCUGUGGUGGAAUUCAAUGUAUCAGAUAAUCAUCUCACCGGAAAGAUUCCAGCUUGGCUGUCUCAUUUCCCGGCGAGCUCUUUCUCCGGCAAUGGUGAGCUCUGCGGUGAGCCGUUGCCUAGAGAAUGUUAUAAUAAAAAUAAUCAGAGUGUGCAUAUGCCAGUAAAAUCAAGAGUGGAGAAAAAAGUGAGCAGUUGGGUGGUGGUGAUGAUCGUUGGCAUAGACACGGCGGCGAUUGUGGCGGCGAUUUUGACCAUCACGUGCUGUUGUUAUUACAGGAAAAGAAAAAACAGCAGUGGGGCCCGUGGGGAUGUUACUAAAAGAAAAGGUGGGUCCCACCAUCCCAAAAUCGGAGGAUACUAUUACGGCGGCGGUGAGGCGGUUGGCAGUGAGGAAAUGGUGGUGUUUGAAGGGUGUAAGGGUUUCAGUGACGUGGAAGAUUUAUUGAAGUCAUCAGCUGAAUUGUUGGGGAAAGGUUCUGUGGGGACCACUUAUAAGGUGGAGAUUGACGGCGGCGACAUGGUUGUGGUGAAGAGGGUGAGAGAGAGGAGGAGGCGGAGGGCGGAGGUUGGUGGGUGGCUGAGAAUGAUCGGUGGGUUGAGGCAUUCUAAUAUUGUGAGCCUUAGAGCUUACUAUAAUUCUAAGGAUGAGUUGCUAAUGGUGUGUGAUUUUCUAGCAAAUGGAAGCUUACAUUCUCUCUUACAUGGCAAUAGAGGACCAGGGAGAACACCAUUAGAUUGGAGCACAAGGCUAAAAUUAGCUUCAGGAUCAGCAAAAGGACUUGCAUUUUUCCAUGGCUACAAUAAAGCUAAGCUCUUUCAUGGAAACUUAACAUCUUCAAACAUUUUAGUCGAUAAUUGCGGAAACGGAUGCAUUUCCGACAUUGGCAUACACCAAAUCUUGCAUUCGCCGCCUCUCUCGAACAUUGCCUACAAAGCCCCCGAGCUAAUCUUGAACCACAACAAUAUCAUCACGUACGGAAGAUUCACUCAACAAUGCGACGUGUAUAGUUUUGGAGUGAUUUUGCUCGAGAUUUUGACAGGGAAAACGCCGAGUGGGGAAGGAGAAACUAGUUUAACGAAAUGGGUUCAGAAAGUUCCCCGCGACGAGUGGACGUGGGAAGUGUUUGAUUUCGAGUUGUUGAGGAGUAAGGAGACGGAGGACGAGAUGGUCGGUCUUAUGCAAGUGGCUUUGCUUUGCUUAGCUGAAUUGCCGAGAGACCGUCCGAAGAUGAGUAUGGUUCAUAGAAUGAUUGAAGAUAUUAGGAAUAAGGGUAGUGCAAGAGAAGCUCAUUCUUCAGGCUCUAUUCUUAAUGAUCUUUCUUCUGAUUCAUCUCCUUCUUUAUCAGAAAAUGCUAUUGAUUUCAGUAGUAGCAGUUGAUCAAUGGAUGACCUUCGGAUUCUUUGGUCUAUGUUAAUUUUUUUAUUACUACUAUUCUAUGUUAACAUAAUUAAAUUUCGAGAAGAAGAGUAAAUUCAAUCUAUAAACCUGUAUCGCAUAAUUAAAUAUAUUAAAUUUAAUCAAUUAAAGUCAA